CACAGCCAACCACAACACCCUGACUGGKGAUGGAGUGAGUGGCUGUACUGGGGACUCUGGAGGAGUGUGUGGUGGGAUGUUGACUUGGAUCUAAGAGCUAAAAUGGUGACGCACUGUCRUAACAUUCCGACUUGCCUCUCUUGUCUGUCUGUAUAAGGGCUGUACACCGUGGCAUGUGGCUGGGAUUAGGACAUUUCCCUGUGGAUUAAAACCUUUGCAACGCCUACAUUGCAACUCACUCUGAGGAGUGUGAGGUCCCAGACUGAUCCUGUCUCUGCAGUUUGGCCCAUGGUUUCACUUAGCAGCUCCAGGAUGUUCCAGUUCGUCCAGAGGCACAUCCACGACCACCUGAUGGAGCGCAUAAUCCACCGGACUCGUCUGGUGACCAAAGAUGGCCGCUGCAACAUUGAGUUUGGCAACAUCGAGUACCACAACCAAUUUGCCUACCUGGGGGAUUUCUGGACGACGGUUGUGGAGAUUCGCUGGCGUUUCGUCCUCCUCCUCUUCGUCGCCUCCUUCACAGGCAGCUGGUUCGUCUUCAGCCUUCUGUGGUACUGGAUUGCCAAGAGCAAUGGUGAUCUGAUUGGACAGAACCGCACAGACAGCCACGUCCGUUGUAUAGACAAUGUCAAUGGUCUCACCACGGCUUUCCUGUACUCCUUGGAGACCCAGACAACAAUUGGUUAUGGUGGACGGGCACUCACUGGGCACUGCCCUGCCACCGUGGCCCUCAUUGUCGUCCAAUCCCUCAUUGGCGUCUUUGUCAACUGCUUCAUGUGUGGGGUGAUCCUGGCCAAGAUCUCCCUUCCCAAGAAGAGGGCAAAGACAGUGACCUUCAGUAACACAGCGGUCAUCUGCCUGAAGAAGGGCAGCCUGUGCCUGCUUAUCCGAGUGGCCAACCUCCGCAAGACCUUGCUCAUCGGGAGCCAAAUCUACGGCAAGCUGCUUAGGACAACUGUCACGCCGGAAGGUGAGACUAUAAUUCUCGACCAGGUAGGCAUUGACUUUGCAGUGGACGCUGGCAAGGACAACCUGUUUUUUGUCUGCCCGCUGACAUUGUACCACAUCAUCGAUAAGGCCAGUCCGUUUUACGACAUGUCAGCGGACACCCUCCAGCAGCAGGACUUUGAGCUGGUGGUCUUCCUGGACGGGAUGGCCGAGUCCACCAGCUCCGCCUGCCAGGUACGGACCUCCUUCAUCCCCCAGGAGGUCCAAUGGGGAUACAGCUUCCUGCCCAUCAUCUCCCGCACCAAGACAGGCAAGUACCGUGUGGACUUCUCCAACUUCUCCAGAACCGUGCCGGUGACGACCCCACACUGUGUCCAAUGCUUUCAGAGUGAUCCAGACCAACGCAACCACAACAAUAGCCAAAACAACCACCACAGGAAGCUAGGUAUUGACAACCCCGGAUUCGAGGUGAUUGACAUUCAAGACACAAUGGAUAUCACAAAAAUGUGAGCCGGAGGAAAGAGGGUGAAAUUGAAAGUUUCCGCUGUAAACCACAGACUAACAGACAGCAGCCCCCAGGAUGUGGGACGUGGCUCGCCGAGAGAGAUGUGGAUUAAGCACUUGUUUAUGAGAGUAUUCAUGUCCUCUCUAUAGUCUGAUGUGGAUGACAGAAAGCUCACAUUGGGGUCAGGGGCUCAUAGUGAGUCAUAGACAAUGAACAGGUAGCCCCAGUUCUAAUUACCAGUGAGCCAAAGAAUAAUGUACACCUUGGAUAUGGUGCAAAUCUUUACUUUGCUUCAUGUGAGCAUUGGGUAUUACAUUUGAGUUAAGACCGAACAACUCAGUAUUAUUUACGUCUAUGCCUUUAAAAGACAAAAUAUCAGCCUUUAUGUGUUGUUUAAAAAAAUGACAUACAAUGCAAAAGACCGAAUAAAUCAAUGAUCCCUGGAAAAACAACAUUUACAGCAGAGCUGAAAAAAGACAUUGCUAUGUGUUGAGAGGUUCGCUCUUGUCAAUGUUGAACUGGUGUUUUCAAGCUCCGGUAGGAGCUAAACUGUUGGUAAGAACAGCUCAUUACACUCAAAGCACCUUUGUGACAUACAAACAGUAACUAUUGUACUAGGUACAGUAACUAUUAAAAAGGGCUUUGGUCAUGACCUGAAGGAGAGAGUGGGAGAGAGAGUAAAGCACAGGGGGUAUUCAUGAGAAGCUUAUGACCUGAGCCUGUUUUAAUGAAAUAUGUCAGGGAUGGAGKAAUAACAAUAGGGUAGAACUUGCUUCCCUAGAGUCUUUACAUAGUCUUUUUCUUAACUGGAAUGACAGAGUACAUAUUAUGUGCCAUAACAGAUUCAUCACGUAUGCCUUAAUUCCUUUAGAAUACUGUGAAUAGCUGCUAAUUGCACUGACUGGGAAUAUUAAUGUGACUAAUCUACAUUGUGUAGAUGUCUUAUUUUGUAAUAUUGAGUUACUUGUUCUCAGGGA